AUGUCUUUGAACAGCAUCAAUGACCGGAUGAAUCCACAAGAACUGGACUACACGCGAUCGAGCCUUUUCCUUGCUCUAAGAGGGCUGCACGAACAAGGCUGCAAUUACUAUAACACCAGGACAAUAUACUACAUUCUUAAGAACCAGCUUCGACCUGAAGAAGCACGACUCUCACAUGGGUUGGACGACCCAGAGACGGCGUCUGAUGAGAAACCCAGUCUGGAUAGUGAGAUUCAAUCAGCGUGGACUCCCCGCAUCGUUGAUAUAUCAGAUGACCCGGUUAUAGAGGAGUUGUCGAAGUUGGCGAAACAGUUCUUGACCCUCGACUCAGGCGAGCAGAGCGAUUAUGAGACAGGUAACAAUUCGCCUUUGUCGACGUGAAAUAUACAGACGCGCGUUUGCAUUUCUUGACGAUAUAGACCCAUGGCUCAACCACUCGUCGUGUGAGUGCAAGUACGCAAAAUGCUCUCAGCGCCGUGGCGCAUGCUUCAGGGCUUUAACGGGUUAUGGCUUGUCAGAUCUUCAGUAAACAAGACAAUAGUGCUCUCAAAUCCAUACCCAUAAAGAUCCGCCGCUGUUUGCCCAGUACUUUACUUUUACUGGCGUGUGAGGGCACUGUAGGCAGGCGAUCAGAUAUGGGACGAAUAGGCGUAUAUUGGG